CCCCCUCUCCCUCCUUCUUUCUCUCUCCCUCUUUUCCCCUCCUUUCUACUGAUUUGGCACAAGCCAAUGGAUGGGGAUCGAGCAUGAAAGGAGAGAGGGGGAGAGAGAGAGAGAGAGAGAGAGAGAGAGAGAGAGAGAGAGAGAGAACGAGCAACAAAACCCCCAAACCCAGCCAGCGCGAGCGCACGCGCGUGCACACACACACACACACACACACACCAUCCCAUCCACGUCCUCUCUGGGUCUUGCCUCCCUCCCUCCCUCCUCCAUUCUCCUCUCUCUCUCUCUCUCUCUCUCACGUUUGCACGCCUCUGCCAGCAACGGUCUACAGCCGGUCGGAACUCGCCCUCUUCCCCGGAGCCCGCGAGCUCCCCCUCUCCCUGCGAAGUUUAACGUCCCUGUGCGGCUGCCAAAGCCCAAAGCCUUUCCCAUUCAGCUGCCGCCUCUUCCCUCUCUGCUUUUGUUUUUGUUUUGCACUGGGGUGGGGUAGGGUGUUGUUGUUGUUGUUGUUGUGUGUGUGUGUGUGUGUGUGUGUUGGGGGGGAGCUGUGCUGGCGGCGGGAGGUGGGUUGUGAUUUUUAAAUUUUUGCAUUUAAAAAAAAAAACUGGAAAAAGCACGGGUGGGUAGAAAUUGAAAAAAAAAUGUUGUUGUUGUUGUUGUUGUUGGCUUUUGUUUACCUGGCGUGAGUGGCAACCAGCACGCUCCCUUCUCUGCCGCGGUCCCUAACCUUUCUUUCUUUUUGCUUCUUUUCCAAAAAAAUUAUUAAUUUCCCCCUUCUGUGCAAUGGAGCAUGGGUGGGGGGAGAAGGGGGAAGGGUUUGAGAAUCCACCCAAGCCCGGCCCCUACUCCCUGGAACACCAAUAAUAACCCCCUUUAAAACAUUUACCUUCCUCCCUGCUCCUCCUCCUCCCCUCCCCCACCCGCCCCCAACUCACAACUCUGUUGAGUCCAGAAUCUCAGAAUCGGGCGUUGGGGCCUUGCCGGGUGCUUCAGAACGAUGGAUGAGUUCCACCCAUUCAUCGAGGCGCUGCUGCCUCACGUCCGCGCCUUCUCCUACACCUGGUUCAACCUGCAGGCGAGGAAGCGCAAGUACUUCAAGAAGCAUGAGAAGCGGAUGUCCAAGGACGAGGAGAGGGCCGUGAAAGAUGAGCUGCUGGGCGAGAAGCCCGAGAUCAAGCAGAAGUGGGCAUCCCGGCUGCUGGCCAAGCUGCGCAAGGACAUCCGGCCCGAGUUCCGCGAGGACUUCGUGCUCACCAUCACGGGCAAGAAGCCCCCCUGCUGCGUGCUGUCCAACCCCGACCAGAAGGGCAAGAUCCGACGGAUUGACUGCCUGCGCCAAGCAGACAAGGUGUGGCGGCUGGACCUGGUCAUGGUGAUCUUGUUUAAGGGGAUCCCCCUGGAAAGUACUGACGGGGAGCGACUCUACAAGUCGCCCCAGUGCUCGAACCCCGGCCUGUGCGUGCAACCACAUCACAUUGGAGUCACAAUCAAAGAACUGGAUCUCUAUCUGGCUUACUUUGUCCACACUCCGGAAUCCGGACAAUCAGACAGUUCCAACCAGCAAGGAGACGCGGACAUCAAACCACUGCCCAACGGGCACUUAAGUUUCCAGGACUGUUUCGUGACUUCCGGGGUCUGGAAUGUGACGGAGCUGGUGAGAGUGUCACAGACUCCCGUUGCGACCGCAUCAGGGCCCAACUUCUCGCUGGCGGACCUGGAGAGCCCCAGCUACUACAACAUAAACCAGGUGACCCUGGGACGACGGUCUAUCACCUCCCCUCCUUCCACCAGCACCACCAAGCGCCCCAAGUCCAUUGAUGACAGCGAGAUGGAGAGCCCUGUCGACGACGUGUUCUAUCCCGGGACAGGCCGCUCCCCGGCGGCUGGCAGCAGCCAGUCCAGCGGAUGGCCCAACGACGUGGACGCAGGCCCGGCUUCUCUAAAGAAGUCUGGAAAGUUGGACUUCUGCACUGCCCUCUCCUCUCAGGGCGGUUCCCCGCGCAUGGCUUUCACCCACCACCCGCUGCCUGUGCUUGCAGGAGUCAGACCAGGCAGCCCCCGGGCCACGGCGUCGGCCCUGCACUUCCCCUCCACGUCCAUCAUCCAGCAGUCAAGCCCAUACUUCACACACCCGACCAUCCGCUACCACCAUCACCACGGCCAGGACUCUCUGAAGGAGUUUGUGCAGUUUGUGUGCGCCGAUGGUUCGGGCCAGGCCACCGGACAGCCCAACGGUAGCAGCCAGGGCAAAGUCCCGGGGUCAUUUUUGCUACCGCCGCCGCCUCCAGUGGCCAGACCUGUGCCCCUUCCUAUGCCUGAUUCCAAAUCCACCAGCACUGCCCCAGACGGCGCCGCCUUGACUCCUCCGUCGCCUUCAUUCGCAACGACAGGCGCCUCCUCUGCCAACCGGUUUGUCAGCAUCGGACCCCGGGACGGCAACUUUCUGAAUAUCCCACAGCAGUCUCAGCCCGGGGACGCCCGCGGGCCCCAGAAGCAGCCCCAGUCCUCGGAGAGCCCUCGGAAGGAUCUCGGCGGAGCUGUGCACCAACAGCCGAGCAGAGAGAAACACGCGAACGGGACUCUGCCCGCAGCGGACAGGAAGCGAGGAUGCGGCGGCACUGCCUCCCCGCCCCCGCCCCGGCCCUCCGGGGACGGAGCCCAAUCCCCCAGCCCCAACAAAGCAACCAGCACACAGUUCUGCAGGGGCCCGGCCCCCGCCCCCGCCCUUCCUAGGGGGACCCCUCCCCAGCACACGCCCUCUGCUCGGCCGGAGCUCCCCCAAGGAGUCCGGAGGACCAGCUCCUAAGGAUGAUGGGGUGUAGACCCGUGGGCUCGCCCCCCGACCCCAACUCCCCAGACUCCGCCCCUCCAACCCCACCCCCUUUCCCGGCCUGGGCUCCGGCCCUUUCUUGACACCAGGUGCUGAUCCAGGCUGGGAGGCGCCCGGGUGGGCAAGGGCGCCCCCUGGAGCUGGCUAUAUGAGCCCAGAGGCGAGGGGUGGUCCUGCCACCCCGCUCUGAGCCCAAGGGCGGUUCCCGGGGCUCUCCGUAGAGUCCAUGGGAGAAAGAAUGUUCUCCACGGCCCGGCCCAGCCUGGGACAGCCCCCCCCCCACCUCCGCUGCCACGAGCGAGGAGGGGGAGUCGGGCCCCGGGUCGCCUCCCACCCCACCCCAGCCUUGCAUGUAGGUGCCCUCGCUCCGCCCCCAUCGGCCCGUGCCCCUCACGCUGACAGCCCUGCGGGGGCCGGGCCCGGGAGCGGAGCAGAAAGGGGACCCCCCCACACACCCGGAGCGGAGCGAGGAGAACCAGGCAGCCGCUGCGGUGGGCGGAGCCGCCACCUGGGCUUAGGUAGGCGUCCUGCGCGCCGACUUUUCAGUUCCUAUGGAGGGUGUUGGGUGUCGUCCUUUGCAAAAAGUGGUUUUUUUUUUUCUUCUUUUUGGAGCUUUCCGUCCCCUCCCCACCUUCUCCCGCACCCCCACCCCACCCCCCACAUAGCCAGCGCUCUCUGGAUUUUAGCUGUAACGUCUUCGCAUUGAGGGGUGGGCAGUCAGCAUCCGGGUGUUGCGCGCUGUUGCAGUUGGGGAUUCUUCCAUCUGAGCAACUUGGGAACAAUUUGCAAACACACCACAGGAAGUAGCUCUCCCCCUAGCCCUUCCUCCCCCCCCCCCAAGGGAUGGGGGCCUGUUCAGAGGGUCUUGAGAAGCCCCCCUGGGAGGGAGGGGAGCAGGAGCACGCCCAGCGCCCUCCGGGUGUGGUUGGCCCCUCCGGCUUGUCUGUGCCUUACUCUCUCCUAUGCGUCCCUCCAGUCCCCUUCCUGGUCCGGUCGGUCUCUCUCUCUCUCUCUCUCUCUCUCUCUCUCUCUCUCUCUCUCCACUCUAUGAAAACAUAAAGCACAGGUCAGGGUCCCUCUGGAAGUCAAUCCAACAUUGCACCACGUAGGGGUGGGCUGUGGGCUUUAUUUAUUGUGAAUCUAGCUUGUGAUGCUGCGGCUCCGAGCAGGGGGCGGGAGGGGAGGGCGGCCCUAACCUGGGGGCCAAAGGGCCAGGGGUGGGUGCCUCCACCCCACCUGCAAGCCACGAGGUGGCUGGCCCCAGGGGUGACUUCUGAUGGAAGUGGAGCGAAGCCCUCCACCAGCCCUCCUGGGCAGCGCUACAGCGCUGAGGGGGACCCCAGAACUAAGGGGCAGGGGGGGCGGAUCCUUCGGGAGCCUCCCCGGGGUGGGGGUGUGGGGGGUGGGCCGGGUGGGCCGGGCGUGACUGCACGGUCAGAGUGCAAUGAUUUUUCAGUUGGGUUGUGGCUAAACAGGGUCAGAGCUGAGAGCGAAGCGGAGGGCUCUCCUGCCCGGCCGUGCGCGCGCGUGCGCGCGGGCCCGUGCCCCUUCCCUCCAAGAUAAUUGGAGCCCCCCGGGGCGCCGCGAGCCUGCGGGGAGCCGGGGUGUGCGGGGCACCCGCCCGAGCGAGGUCGGAAGCUGCAGGCCAGCUGGGCCCGGGCUGGAGCGCGCCCGGCGGGGGCCGCCCGGAAGGGCUGGGGUGGGGGGCGUGGGCCGCCCCCUUUCCCGAGUGUCGUUGAGGGGGCAGCGAGGGCACCCGACGUGGGGACGUUUUAGGAGAGGGGAAAAAAACCCACAAAAAUAUAUAUGGGGGAAAUGGACUUUUUGUUUUCAUUGAAUCAAGUGCAAUGUGUCAGAGAGUUUUCCUAUCUUUGUAUGUUAAGAGAUUAAGAAAAAAGAAAAAAAAAACAUUCUAUUUUUGUUGUAACGUCCUCGCGGCUCUGGGGACGCUAAAAGAACUAGGCCUGUCCCCCGCCCUGCGUGGGGACAACGAAAGCUGAGUGUUUCUUCCUUUUAUUAUUUUUUUUUGUUCGUUUUCACUUUUUUUUUAAAGUCGUUUUCUUGCGUUGACGAGAAUGAUCUGGGGUUUUUAUUUGUUUCGUCGUUUCGUUCUCAGUUUCGGUGGGAGGGCUGAAGGAAACAUUCAACAUUUCAGAGUUACAAAAAAAUUUUUUUAAAAACCACCUCGACAUAUUAAAAA